GCGAGAGGCAGAAAUUGGCUUUGAUUACAGUGAUAGUUUCGGGUCUUGUUCCUGAGCAUGCGCAUCGAUGCUUCGCGCACUUCAAUUUUCCUGGCAACCGCCGGUAAUCGAUCAUAAAACUCUGCAGAGACAGCGAAAAGAUCGAGCAUGCUUUGAUUCCGCGCUUGUCCAAUCCAGGUUCAGUUGUGACUCUUCAUUCUGACGCUACUUGGCCAUUGCUUAACAAUAUUAACUUCUGAGCAGGAACACUCACUCCAUCCCAGCUCUUUCACAUCGGAUCCUCAAGCUGACAAGCGCGUGCAGUCACAGCCUGGUGAGUAGUACACUCCACACUGUAAAGCCGUUGCUCUGAGGUCUUGGGCAGUGCUCUCAAGGUAGAAUUAGGUUGAUUAUCUGUUUCCCUAUACCCAGUUUUUCCACCAGAAAACUGAGUUCACUUGAACAGUUAACCCUAUGCGCUAAAACGCACAAGAACAGCUAAUUGAUCCGCACACGCAAAGGAAUCUUCGAGGCGAGCAUGCGAAUCUCUUAUGCACGAUCAAGUGUUGGGUGAACAGUAUUACUGUUGGUGAAUUUCAACUUGAGAAGCUGUAACGAGAAGUGGUACCGCGAGGUCCAGGCUGCAGUCGACUUUGGUGUAAUCUUCAGUUCUGGGUCAUACGCAACACGAGCUCCUCCACACUCGCAGCACACCGACAGUGGUGAUGGCGGAAACAGAAGACUUGCACCUCACUUGCUACACGCAUGAGAUUCAAGACGGCCUCAAUGCUUCACCAAAACUUAAUGCAGGAACAGGGCAAGGUGGGGAUCUAACAGCAGCAGGGUGGGGAAGCUUUGUGGUAUUCGACAACAUCGUCAAGGAAGGUCUGAACGAGGACAGUAAGACACUGGGAAAGUUUUCAGGAUGGGGAGUUGUAACAAGUAUUGGAGGGAUUCCAGCUGGAGGUGCUCAGAUGUCGGGACAAUUUGACUUCGGCGAGGGAUCUGAGUACAAUGGAUCAAGCAUCGCAGUUACGGGCACCGUGUCUGUUCCCGGAGUUGGCCCUCCUCCGCCGUGGGAGCGCAUCAUAGUAGGGGGCACCGGCAAAUUCAGGGGAUGCAAGGGCUAUGCUAUUGCACAACCAGCGGCACAGGCUCGUCCCUUGUACGUGUUCCGGUGGGACAUCCACCUUUCCAAAUAGACGUCGAGGAUCUCGUCAAUGUGAGCUUUGUCUUCGCAGCCGAUAAUCUUUUUUGCAACUGUCUCACUUGUUAUUCUUUAUUCCCUAGGUCAUGGCAUUUCCAAGAGGCCACCCUCAGCAUCUACUGUAUGGUAUUUACUGUCGACAAAAGAAUCUUUCAAAGUGUGAGACAUCUCGUUGAAUCUAAACACUACAAUAGUGACACAACGGGUAUUGUUGGAUCUUUGACGAAGUGAUUCAGUUACUGAGAGUGAUUUGAAUCAGUGACAUCUAGCAACUGAUACUGAUGUCCUCAUGACCAGCUAAGAUACAUAUUUAUAUAAAUAUAUAAAUAAAUUACAAGGAUGGAUGACAUGGAGUGGCGUAAAAUUCCCGGCAUUGUCACUGCCCUUCAAGUCCACCUGAGCCAUGAUCUAAA